UUCCUCUAUUUUUCUUUUGCAGUGAAUAAUCUUGUGGAGGGUGAUGAAGGUGAGGAAGAAGACGACCUGUAUGAGCCACCACCGAAUGACCAAAGCAGGACACCGCUUCCUCUAUGGAGACCCCAAGAAAACACAACCAUGUAUUCAGGUCGCGCCGCAGUACCACCUGCUCCCCAAAAGCGCCCCACGAUGCAGAUAAACAAUCAGAACCACAGACAACAGGGAGCACAUAAUGUCGCUCAGUGGCCAUCAAAACCAGUACCACCCAGCAAAAGGCCUUUGCCGCACCCUACUGCUGACCGCAGGAUGUCUCUACCAUGUUCUGCUCUUCGCACACCACCUCCGUGUGUCUCAGAGGUUCAUCGAGGGUUGGAUGAUAUGUAUGUGACAUUUACAGAUCCACAGGAUACAGGAGUGUUGGGGAAAACUUGGUACGGAGGAGAUAUGGACCGUAAAGAGGCAGAAAAAGUGCUGCGCAGAGUAAACAAGGAUGGCUGUUUUUUGGUACGCAUGAGUUCCGCACAGAAUCACCUACAGCCAUACACCCUCGUUGUGCUGUACAAGGAGCACAUUUACAACAUCCCCAUACGGUCUCUUGGUGCCCGUGGCUACUCGCUGGGCAAGGAAGGAAAGCAGUAUGAAGAAACAUUUCCCUCUGUUGCCCAUCUGAUUGAUCAUUACCAGCAGGAACACCUAUUCUUGAUCAACCGCCAGACCCAAGGCCGAGAGUCCACUUCCCUGCUGUAUCCUGCUCUGUCCUGAGCGACUCAAUUUCUUGGAAGCAAAACAGACAUGUCUUACAGCGUCCUCAUAGAAAUCAAUGGUGUAUAAAGUAUUCGAUAAUCUGAAUAAUUAUCUAAAUAAAGCAUGUACAAGAUGA